AUGAACGUACAAAUUGUUGCGCUGUGCUCGCAUUCAGGAGAUCAGCCAUUGAAUUCACGACGAUUACUGGGAAUCGGAUCCCUCCCCCUAAUUUCCACUGUGUGCCAAGGAUCGCCGCUUUUGAAGUGUCACGGCUAUGGGAUAAUACGAGCUAUUGAUCUCGAGAAAAAGUUAUUUUAUUUGAUUACGCCUAUUCCAUCAUCAGAACUCUCCAAAGUUACUAUAUUUGCUAGAGGAACAGAUAUUAUGGUACCUCGAAUGUUGCUAGAGUCCCAGCCUGCUGGUAAUGUUCCGUAUCUUUCACGCCCCGCACUCGCGUCGAAGUCGGGCAUUAUUUCUGAUCUCUAUGAUGGACUGAAAAACAUCACAACUGGGAAGCGUGCAUAUUUUCCGACGACAUCUUAG